AUGCAUCACGUGUACACGGUUUAAACGAAUCGAGAGAAUUUGCAGCAACAAAUUCGACCGCGAAUACCUCCCCGUACCUUUUUUGCCACGCGAAACGUGCGCGCCUUAAGAAAGAUGACAAAUGGAUCGUAAAACGUUCCAUAUAUCACGGCAAACAGCGUUUAACAGAGUGCAGGCUCGUUCCUCUUGAAAACUAUCGACGAUCCCUCUUUCUCCGUUCGCAAACUUAUUCGCAGACCGGUUAUAGAACUUCUGUUUACCUCGCGAAUUCCGAUCGUUAACAACCCGUGAAUAGGCACGUCUGAUUCUAUUUCUCUACGAGGUAACGAGGUGAUCGUAAUUGUUCGAUAAAGUAUAAAACAGCUCCGGAGAAUUCGUCGCGUAGAGAAAAAUUCGUCACCGUGUUUGGAAUUAUGCCGACUCGAACGAAAUCGAAUCAUAUAUUGCUUACACAUGCGGGCUCAGUUGUCGUAGCGAUCAUGUCGCGAGAAGUAGCGUUUCUCUUCCUGUUAAUCUCUUUCCUCUUCACGUUCUCCAAAGCGGGUCCGGAAAACUGUUUGGAGUUCGACAUCGGACAGCUCGAGGAUUAUCUGUCUCAGCUGGAUUUCGAGAAUGUCCCGACGAUCAGUAUGAUGAUCGGUGGAUUCAAAUGCCCAGUCACGGCUUUGCCCUUCGGCGCCCUGAAAUCCGACUGGGCGAGGCUGUUGCUUCUGCAAAAUGCGCAACCGAGGCAAUCAAUUCUCUCCGAGAAACUGGGUCGACUUUUGAGAAUCUUGACGACGGCCUAUUUCCAAAUGGAAGAGCGAUUCGACGUCGAUACGAGGUUCGUAGGAAAAAUUUUACGGAACAUCGCGUUUUUAAUCAGUAAUUACUUUGCUAGCUCAGGACCAAACGCAACAGCCAGGGUUAAUAGAAAGACGAAUGAAAUUUUAACGACUCCUAUUAUCGUUCGUAAUAAUAGUGUCAGUACUGUAACACUUGAUAUUCUAUCGACUACUUUUGCACCUUCGCUUGCUAAUACCCAGACGGCGAAUGAAAUCGAAGGAACUACGGUCAGAAGUUUUAAUCAAACUCCCACUAAUCGGAUUAAAAUAAAGAAACUGCCGAUCGACCGAAAAAUUCCAUUAGGCAACGAAUUUUUGAGAUACAUUAUAGCACCGCCGAAGCUCACUACGUUCACACCCGUGAUGGAAAAGGGAUUUAUCAAAGGACGGUCCAAGAAGCGUGGGAGUUCGAAUACAGACAUACAAAAGAAUUUUAGGUGGUUCUAUAAUUUCGCGCACGAGAAUGCGAAUCAUCCCAGUAAUAAUCUUCAAGAAAUCGAUAUCAGAUGCGCCGGUAGAAAAAGCAACGACAAAUAAUAAUCUUUCAUUGUGCAGAUAAAAAGUAUCUUUGAAUAAAAUUACUUAAACCUUGACUCGUGUUUCAUCAUUCGAUAUCGCGCGAGGCGAGUCUAUAAAUUCAUAAGUCUGGAUACCUCGACUGAUAUUUACGAGGCUCCCAGCUGGUAACGUUCGUCGUGGUUUACGAUCUCCCAUAAACGAAUCCCCUUAUUAUCCAAUCCACGGUAUAGGAUUUUCCGAAUUGUCUGCGAGAAUAGUCGAUGCAAUUUUAAGCAACGGCGACAGAUGGUCGCUUUAGCGAUCCGCUGGAAAUUGUACGGGGGAAAAAGUGAUACGAGCUGUUUAAAAUGUUGAUCGCUAUGCGGGCGGGACGGAGAGAGGGAUGGAAAUGGUUGGCGUCGAGUUCAUGAUUGGCUUUACGCAAACUAUCGGGAACUCCGUUGGUUUAAUAACGAUUUUUCGCGAUAGCGGGAUGGCCGAUCGGCUUCAUUUGCAACGAUAGCGUAUCAACGAUCCGUGGUUAAUAACCAUUCGAAGAUAUA